AUGACGAAAGAUAAGAAGAAAAAGGACAAUGUCAGAUAUAUGGAUGUCGAAUUCAAUGUAUCGAUGCAUUGCAACGACUGCGAGAGAAAAAUCGCUAGAGUUAUUUCCAAAUUCAAAGGAGUUGAAACGUUUGUGACGGAUAUGAUUAACCACAAGGUUGUGGUCAGGGGAAAGAUUGAUCCGAACAAGUUGUUGAAGAAGCUUAAGAAGAAGACUGGCAAAAGAGUGAAGAUUGUAGUUAAGGAAGAGAAAGGUGAAGAAUCUAGUAAGGAGAACGAAAAUGUUCUCGAGAUUGAUAUGGAAUCGAUUUGUUUAGGGGAUCAGUCGAUGUUCGGGUUUUGUGAUUGGGAGAUGGAGAAAUUUAUGGUGUUUAGUGAUGAAAACGUCAAAGCCAUUUGUUCUAUUUCUUAG